UUGACGGAGGCACAAAGAUUGCUUCCCAAACUGGAGAUGCUAACCUCAGCUAGCGCCUUCUAUUCUCUUUAAGGGGAUCUUGUCAGGCUAUGGAUUCAUUUACAACUGUUAGUCAUGUGGGCAUGUGUGAGGAAACAGAUGCCAGUUUUAAUGUAUUUAGCCCGAAGUUACAAUUUGAUAGGAGCCACUGUCAGUCUCUGAGGUUCCACCAAAAUAUGGAACUUGAUUUUGGACAUUUUGACGAAAGAGACAAGACAUCCAGGAACAUGCGAGGCUCACGGAUGAAUGGGCUGCCCAGCCCCACUCACAGCGCCCAUUGUAGCUUCUACCGAACCAGAACCUUGCAGGCACUGAGCAACGAGAAGAAAGCCAAGAAGGUACGUUUCUACCGCAAUGGGGACCGCUACUUCAAGGGGAUUGUGUACGCUGUGUCCUCUGACCGUUUUCGCAGCUUUGACGCCUUGCUGGCUGACCUGACUCGAUCUCUGUCUGACAACAUCAACCUGCCUCAGGGAGUGCGUUACAUUUACACCAUUGAUGGAUCCAGGAAAAUCGGAAGCAUGGAUGAACUGGAGGAAGGGGAAAGCUAUGUUUGCUCCUCAGACAACUUCUUUAAAAAGGUGGAGUACACCAAGAAUGUCAAUCCCAACUGGUCUGUCAAUGUGAAGACAUCCGCCAAUAUGAAAGCCCCCCAAUCCCUGGCUAGCAGCAACAGUGCCCAGGCCAGAGAGAACAAGGACUUUGUGCGCCCCAAACUGGUGACCAUCAUUCGCAGCGGGGUGAAGCCUCGGAAGGCUGUGCGUGUGCUUCUGAACAAGAAGACAGCCCACUCUUUUGAGCAAGUCCUCACUGACAUCACCGAAGCCAUCAAGCUGGAGACUGGGGUUGUCAAAAAACUCUACACUCUGGAUGGAAAACAGGUAACCUGUCUCCAUGAUUUCUUUGGUGAUGACGAUGUGUUUAUUGCCUGUGGUCCUGAAAAAUUUCGCUAUGCUCAGGAUGACUUUUCUCUGGAUGAAAAUGAAUGCCGAGUCAUGAAGGGAAACCCAUCGGCCACAGCUGGCCCAAAGGCCUCUCCAACCCCUCAGAAGAGUUCAGCUAAGAGCCCUGGCCCCAUGCGCCGGAGCAAGUCUCCAGCUGACUCAGGUAACGACCAAGACGAGACUAAACCGUCAGGCUUGUUUGGACUCAUGGAGACACAGCUAAACCCUGGUUCUACUCAGAUGGACGCAGACCAGAAACCUGUAAUGCUUAUUGUCGUGUUUGUCCUCAUAGUCACCAUCUUCAACAUCAUCCAGCAAAAGCACAGUCAAUGA